AUGGAUGUCUCAAUGUUGCCAGUCAAUGUGGAUAGGGCUCUAUAUCAGAAACAAGCAGAGAAAGGUUGUACAGAGGGAGAUGUGGCAAAUUCUGUGGCUGUAUGCGAAACGGCGAAUAGGAAGGAAAAUCUAAGUGGGUUCCGUACACUUCGUGUUCAAUUCAUCUAAAC